AUGGGGGAGAAAGUUUCCGAGGCUUCGGAGCCGGUGCCCCGCGGCUGCAGUAACCUCGGCGCUGGAACUCCCGCCCCUGCGGCAGCGGCCGCGUCCUCACCGGGCGCUUCCUCGGCGGAGUCCUCCUCGGGCUCUGAAACUCUGUCGGAGGAAGGGGAGUCCGGCGGCUUCUCCCGCGAGCAGUUGCAGCCGCCACCGCCGGGCGGCGCCAUGGGCAUCCGGCCUCCAGCCGCGUGGGGUCCGGCGCGCUGGGGCCCGGAUCGCGGAGCUGUUGUGCCGCCGCCACCCCCGCCGCUCCCCGGAGGAAACGCGCCGUCGGGUCUCGGGGGCAGUAGCGCGUCCCAGGAGGAACAGGACGAAGAGCUCGAUCACAUCUUAUCCCCUCCACCCAUGCCUUUUCGGAAAUGCAGCAACCCAGAUGUGACUUCUGGCCCUGGAAAGUCGCUAAAGUUCAAAAGGCCACUGAGUGAGGAUGGAAGACAGUUGCGGAGAGGGAGCCUGGGAGGAGCCCUGACUGGGAGGUACCUCCUUUCAAAUCCUGUGGCCGGGCAGGCCUGGCCAGCCUCAACGGAGACCUCCAACCUCGUGCGCAUGCGCAGCCAGGCCCUGGGCCAGUCUGCACCUUCACUCACGGCCAGCUUGAAGGAACUGAGUCUCCCCAGAAGAGGAAGUCUCUGCCGAACGAGCAAUCGGAAAAGCUUGAUAGGCAAUGGACAGUCACCAGCGUUGCCUCGACCACACUCUCCUCUCUCUGCUCACGCAGGAAAUAGCCCUCAAGAUAGUCCACGGAACUUCUCCCCCAGUGCCUCAGCCCAUUUCUCAUUUGCACGAAGGACUGAUGGACGCCGCUGGUCACUGGCUUCUCUCCCCUCUUCUGGCUAUGGGACAAACACACCCAGCUCCACGGUUUCUUCAUCCUGUUCCUCCCAAGAGAAGUUACAUCAGUUACCAUACCAACCUACACCAGAUGAAUUACACUUUUUAUCGAAACACUUUUGUACCACCGAAAGCAUCGCUACAGAGAACAGAUGCAGGAACACGCCAAUGCGCCCUCGUUCCCGAAGUUUGAGCCCCGGACGUUCUCCCGCCUGCUGUGACCAUGAAAUAAUUAUGAUGAACCAUGUCUACAAAGAAAGGUUCCCAAAGGCUACAGCUCAAAUGGAAGAACGUCUAAAGGACAUUAUCACCAGCUACUCUCCUGAUAAUGUUCUUCCUCUAGCGGACGGAGUGCUCAGUUUUACUCACCAUCAGAUUAUUGAAUUGGGUCGAGAUUGCUUGGAUAAAUCCCAUCAGGGUCUCAUCACUUCCAGAUACUUCCUUGAAUUACAACAUAAAUUAGAUAAAUUGCUACAAGAGGCUCAUGAUCGCUCAGAAAGUGGAGAGCUGGCAUUUAUUAAACAACUAGUCCGAAAGAUCCUAAUCGUCAUUGCCCGUCCUGCUCGCUUAUUAGAGUGUCUGGAAUUUGAUCCUGAAGAAUUUUACUACCUAUUGGAAGCUGCAGAAGGCCAUGCAAAAGAAGGGCAGGGUAUUAAAACUGACAUUCCCAGAUACAUCAUUAGCCAGCUGGGGCUCAAUAAGGAUCCUCUGGAAGAAAUGGCUCAAUUGGGAAACUAUGAUAGUGGUACAGCAGAAACACCAGAAACAGAUGAAUCAUUGAGUAGCUCUAAUGCUUCCCUGAAGCUUCGAAGGAAACCCCGGGAAAGUGAUUUUGAAACGAUUAAAUUGAUCAGCAAUGGAGCCUAUGGGGCAGUCUACUUUGUUCGGCAUAAGGAAUCCCGGCAGAGGUUUGCCAUGAAGAAGAUAAACAAACAGAACCUCAUCCUUCGAAACCAAAUCCAGCAGGCCUUUGUAGAACGGGAUAUCCUGACGUUUGCAGAAAACCCCUUUGUUGUCAGCAUGUAUUGCUCCUUUGAAACAAGGCGUCACUUGUGCAUGGUCAUGGAGUAUGUGGAAGGAGGAGAUUGUGCUACCUUAAUGAAAAACAUGGGUCCUCUCCCUGUUGAUAUGGCCAGGAUGUACUUUGCAGAGACAGUCCUGGCCUUGGAAUAUCUGCACAAUUAUGGAAUUGUACACAGGGAUUUAAAACCAGACAAUUUGUUGGUGACUUCCAUGGGACACAUAAAGCUGACAGAUUUUGGAUUAUCCAAGGUGGGACUGAUGAGCAUGACUACCAAUCUUUAUGAGGGCCAUAUUGAGAAGGAUGCAAGAGAGUUCCUGGAUAAACAGGUAUGUGGCACACCUGAAUACAUUGCUCCAGAAGUAAUUCUGAGGCAGGGCUAUGGAAAGCCGGUGGACUGGUGGGCCAUGGGGAUUAUCCUCUAUGAAUUUCUGGUUGGAUGCGUGCCAUUCUUUGGGGACACUCCAGAAGAGCUAUUUGGACAAGUCAUCAGUGAUGAAAUCAACUGGCCUGAAAAGGAUGAGGCUCCACCCCCCCAUGCCCAGGACCUGAUUACUGUUCUUCUCAGACAGAAUCCCUUGGAGAGACUGGGAACAGGUGGCGCAUAUGAAGUCAAGCAACACCGAUUCUUCCGAUCCUUAGACUGGAACACUUUGCUGAGACAGAAGGCAGAAUUCAUCCCACAACUGGAAUCGGAAGAUGACACCAGUUAUUUUGAUACUCGGUCAGAGAAGUAUCACCAUAUGGAAACGGAGGAAGAAGAUGAUACAAAUGAUGAAGACUUUACUGUGGAAAUAAGGCAGUUUUCCUCAUGUUCGCAUAGGUUUUCAAAAGUUUUCAGCAGUAUAGAUCGAAUAACUCAGAAUUCAGGAGAAGAGAAGGAAGACUCUGGAGACAAAACCAAGAGCACAACGUUGCCGUCCACGGAAACAUUGAGCUGGAGUUCAGAAUAUUCUGAAAUGCAACAGUUAUCCACAUCCAACUCUUCAGAUACUGAAAGCAACAGACAUAAACUCAGUUCUGGCCUGCUUCCCAAACUGGCUAUUUCAACAGAGGUAGAACAAGAUGGAGCUUCCACCUGUGCUGGAGAACCCCAUGAAGAGCCAGAAAAGCCAGUCCUUCCUGCUGAAGAAGGUGCUCAGGAGGAGCCUGAAGUCACCACCCCAGCCAGCACCAUCAGCAGCUCCACACUGUCAGUUGGCAGUUUUUCAGAGCACUUGGAUCAGAUAAAUGGACGCAGCGAGUGUGUGGACAGUACAGAUAAUUCCUCAAAGCCCUCCAGUGAACCCGCUUCCCACAUGGCUCGGCAGCGAUUAGAAAGCACAGAAAAAAAGAAAAUCGCGGGCAAAGUCACAAAGUCCCUUUCUGCCAGUGCCCUGUCCCUCAUGAUCCCAGGAGAUAUGUUUGCUGUUUCUCCACUGGGAAGUCCAAUGUCUCCCCAUUCCCUGUCAUCAGACCCGUCUUCUUCACGAGAUUCCUCUCCCAGCCGAGAUUCUUCUGCAGCAUCAGCCAGUCCACAUCAGCCCAUUGUGAUCCACAGUUCAGGAAAGAAUUAUGGUUUUGCCAUCCGAGCCAUCCGGGUAUACGUAGGAGAUAGUGACAUCUACACAGUGCACCAUAUUGUUUGGAAUGUAGAAGAAGGAAGUCCAGCAUGCCAGGCAGGACUGAAGGCUGGGGAUCUGAUAACACAUAUCAAUGGAGAACCAGUGCAUGGACUUGUCCACACAGAAGUAAUAGAGCUCCUAAUAAAGAGUGGAAAUAAGGUGUCAAUCACAACUACCCCAUUUGAAAACACAUCAAUCAAAACAGGACCAGCCAGGAGAAACAGCUAUAAAAGCCGGAUGGUGAGGCGGAGUAAGAAAUCCAAGAAAAAAGAAAGUCUGGAGAGAAGAAGAUCCCUUUUCAAAAAACUAGCCAAGCAGCCUUCUCCUUUACUUCAUACCAGUCGGAGUUUCUCCUGCUUGAACCGAUCCCUGUCGUCUGGAGAGAGCCUGCCAGGUUCCCCCACCCACAGCUUGUCUCCCCGAUCUCCCACACCAAGCUAUCGCUCCACACCUGACUUUCCAUCUGGUACGAAUUCCUCCCAGAGCAGCUCCCCAAGUUCCAGUGCCCCCAAUUCUCCAGCAGGGUCAGGACACAUCCGGCCCAGCACUCUCCACGGCCUGGCCCCCAAACUCAGUGGGCAGAGGUACCGAUCUGGAAGGCGUAAAUCAGCUGGCAGCAUCCCACUUUCCCCUUUGGCCCGGACACCCUCUCCAACUCCUCAGCCCACCUCCCCGCAGCGGUCACCAUCACCUCUGCUGGGACACUCACUGGGCAACUCCAAGUUCUCUCAAGCUUUCCCCAGCAAAAUGCACUCCCCUCCCACCAUCGUCAGACACAUCGUGAGGCCCAAGAGCGCGGAGCCCCCGCGAUCCCCACUGCUUAAGCGUGUGCAAUCGGAGGAGAAGCUGUCACCCUCCUAUGGCAGUGACAAGAAGCACCUAUGUUCCCGCAAGCACAGCCUGGAGGUGACGCAGGAAGAGGUACAGCGGGAGCAGUCACAGCGGGAGGCCACCUUGCAGAGCCUGGAUGAGAACGUGUGUGAUGCGCCAUCCCUCAGCCGAGCCAGGCCUGUGGAGCAAGGCUGCCUGAAACGGCCCGUCUCCCGGAAACUGGGAAGGCAGGAAUCUGUAGAAGACCUGGACCGGGAGAAGCUGAAGGCCAAAGUUGUGGUGAAGAAACCAGAUGGCUUCCCUGAGAAGCAAGAAUCCCACCACGUCUCCCAUGGUGCUAGUGGUGAUACGGAAAACCUCCCUUCCUUUAAACUGGAGGAGAGAGAGAGAAAAAUCUUCCCGAAGGCUUUAGAAAGAUCGAAUCACUUUGAAAACAAAGCAAACGUGCCAGAGACCCUGUGUACAGGCAGCCUGCUGAAAGAUGCUCUUCACAAGAAGGCCAGCGUGCGGACCAGUGAGAAUACUACCUUAGACCCCGCAGCAUCUGGGUACAGCCCUGCGCCUGUGGAGCAUGGUCAGGGUGCUGGGGAUUUCAAACGUGUCUCCCCUCCUGGCACCCUCCAAGACAGUCUCUCCCACUUGGCUAACAGGCCCUCCCCAGGGAAGGCUGAAAAUUCAGAGAAGGCUGCCCAGGCCAAGGAGUGUCUCCGUUGUGAGAAGUUAGAUGGCAAGCUUGCCAAUAUCGAUUACCUCCGCAAGAAAAUGUCACUUGAAGACAAAGAUGACAGCCUUUGCCCUGCGCUGAAGUCCAAGAUGGCAUCCAGCACCCAUGAGUGUUUGCAAGGGAAUGUGGUCCGUCCCACGGUUGGGCCACAAGAAGGCCCACCAGCCUCUGAGGUCCGAGCGUUUAUCUGUGGUUCCCAUGCAGCUCAGGUCAGCGCUGUGGCCUUUGUUCCUCUCAAGUCUGAAAAACCAGGCUUGGUUGCUCCAGAGUCCCCUGUCAGAAAAAGUCCCUCUGAGUAUAAGUUGGAAGGUAGGUCUGUUUCCUGCCUGAAGCCCAUUGAGGGUACUUUGGAUAUUGCUCUCCUGUCGGGACCUCAGGGAUCCAAGGCAGAGCUGCUUUCUCCAGAACCUGCAGAAAGUCCCAGCCGGGCCAGUGACAUUGGGCCAUCUACACCAUCAGCCCUUCCCAGCAGCCCCGCAAAGGGUGAAACUGCUAGUCACAGGGAGCCUUCCUCUGCCAGCUUGAAGAUGCAUAAGUCCUACCUGCUUGAGCCUAGGUUCCAGCCACCCAGCCGGAGCCUCCAGAGUUCCCCAGCGUCUCCUCAGCCUGACCCAGAGUUAAAGCGGGACAGGAAAGUCUCCCAUCCCGCCACCAGGGGCCUGGUGACAGUCAUGGAAAAUGACCCUCAACGGAGAGAGGGCAGUGCCACCAGACACCAGGAUCACACUCCUGACUCCAAGCUCCUCCCCUUCCCUGAGCAGAACCGCCACAGCUCUGCUGGGAGCCCAGACCCAGUCAUGCCCCAUGGCCUCCGGUACUCUGAAGGGACCCCCUCCAAGGAGAAGCCCAGGCUGAGAGAAUCAUUUGAAAGGGGCCCUUCCACAGCCAGAAGUGAGCGAUUUGCUGUGCGGGCUGAUGUCCACGGAGACCCAUCCAGGGAGCUGCACCCUCCAGAAACUGCUAAAAGUAGUGACAACUCCAAAAAUCUCCCCUCCACAGGAAAGACCCACCCAGAUAGCUCCACACAAACCCAGACUAUGGAGAAAGCUGGGGGGCCUUGUGGAAAAACGAACCACAAAGAAGGCAGAGAUGAGACAAGGCUACUGGCCAGAGAGGAUUCAUCUUUGCACUCCACUGGGAUUCCUUGUGAAAGGGAUAUGAGUAAGGUCAAAAGUGGCAUGGAACCCAAGCCCGAAGCCCCUCCAGUCAGGCGGGCUCUGCAGCCACCAGGCAUUGAGAGCAGGAAGACUGAGAAGCUCUCUGGUUUCCCGUCUUUGCAGAAAGACAGCCCCAAGGAAUCUGAUAGGAAAGAGCAACCUCUACAGAAACACCUCAGCAAUAGCCCUCAGCCCCCAGUCAUCACCAAAGAACUCCCUGGCCUGGCCACUUGGCAGCACUGUAGCCCACCAAGCCAUUCUUCAGGCAAAGAGCCGGGGAUCAAGCCCUGUGCUGCUGGACCCAGCCCAGGUCUCCAGGAGCCUUCCAAGCUGGCUGCAGCAUACAGUGAAAGCAGCAGCCACAAGCUCAGGUCUGGCCCUGACCCAUGCCCACCAAAGUCUAAGAACCCAGAUAGGCUCCUCUCCUCCCAGAAAGCAAGUACUGGAGGUACAAAGGGCAAAGAGCUGAUCCAGCAACCCCUCAGCAACUCCAGCAGAGAGGUAAGAAGUGGUGGUAAGGGGCUGGUGGAUGUGUUCCCUGCCAUCCCAGGCUCCCAGAACAAAGCCAAGGAUGCAGUCGACCAGAGGGAAAGUGGGCCUUCCCUCCCACUGCAGACUGAAGGGGGUGCUCUGGACCCUAAGCCAAAACCUACCAGUGGUGGUCAUCCCCCAGAGAUGUUGGAGAAGCCCAUGCAUCUGCCAAGACAAGGACCCCCAGGUGUUGGUGAAUUGGCAGACCAGAAACUUCCCACUGUCAGUGAAAAGCAAACCAUGUCUCCCAAGCACCCCAAGGCAUCCACUGUGAAAGAUCACCCUGCUCUGUGCAGACAGGCAGACAAGAGUCCAAGUCAGCAGGCUCUCACCACAGACAGGAAGUCUGAAGGGAAAAAAUGCACAGAAUCACUUUAUGUUCCAGCAGAGAAUGGGAAGCUGGAGGCCAGCCCUUCCCCUGUGCACUGUGAGGCUAGGCUUAAAGGCACAGAAAAGUUGGCCACAGCUGUGGGGAAGGGUUUCCCAGAGGCCAAGGGAAAAGGGUUAGGUCCCCAGAAGUCCCUGACAGAGGCAAGCAAGCCUGGCGGCAUGAAACGGUCACCGUCAGCCAGUGGGCAGAGUUCUUUGCGAUCCACUGCUCUCCCAGAGAAGUCUCUGAGCUACUCCACCAGCUUUCCAGAAGCCAGACCAAGAGCCCAGGAGGCCUCUAUGAUCAGCAGUGACACCUCUUCUGUUAGGGCCAAUGGAGACAUGGCUGAGCUCACAGUCCCAAGCAACAGGGACCAAAGGAAGUCUCUGUCAGGCGGGGAUGGCAGAACCCACAUGACAAAGAGCGACUCUUUGCCAUGCUUUUGGAGCUCCACCACCACUCUAGAGUCCCACCAUCCCGACCUCACCCUGGGCAGGGGAGCUGGCCACCGGGAUAGGGCCCUCUCGGUGACUACAACCGCAGGAGAAACCAAAGGGAAGGAGUCAGCCCUGGCCCAGCCGCCCACAGCCAGGAAGCAGAACGUGGGCAGAGAAGUGGUUAAGCCAGUCCCAGCUCCCAACACUGACCGUCACCUCACCCUUUCUUCUGAGAAGGACUUUGUGGUGCGGCAGAGGAGGGGUAAAGAGAGUUUGCGGAGCAGUCCUCACAAAAAGGCCUCCUAA